AUGCUCCAAGAAUUCAUGGCCAAGGCUUCACGUGCAGAACAAAUAAAUUUCGUUUUUAACCCGCCCGGCAGCCCACAUUUCUCGGGGUUAGCCGAGGCUGGUGUAAAGUCAAUAAAGACACAUCUCGCUCGCGUCGUGGGCUCUCAGCACCUUACAUUUGAGGAAUUCUAUACCAUUUUGACCCAAAUUGAGGCGAUGCUGAACUCACGGCCUUUGUCCCCUGUCAGCUCGGACCCAAACGACCUGUCAGUUUUGACCCCCGGACAUUUCCUUACUUUGGAGCCGCUCACCAUAUUGCCUGAAAGCAACAUGGUAGAUGCAAAAUUAGGUCCACUUCAGAGAUGGAAAUUAUUACAAAAGAUCCAUCAAGAUUUCUGGCGCAAGUGGCACCUCGAAUAUCUGCACACAUUGCAGCAGCGCCACAAAUGGUUCGAUGGUCAGAAAAACAUUGUCGUCGGGACGCUCGUGCUCAUUGUUAAUGAGCAAUGUAGGGAUGAAGUGGAAAAUUGGCCGGGUGGUACAACUCCAUCCAGGAAGUGA